UAUAACGUAUUUAAAAAUCGACCUAUAUUUUUAUGAACUAAAAUUAUAUGUUGAUCGAUCCAUUAAAGAUUCAAAGACAUGCUUCUAUCUCUCCCUUCUCAGGCUGGUUUCUUCAUGUUUCUGCUUGAAUUGUAUUUUUGGUUUGUUACUUUUGUAGUUACCACCUUUCCUUUUUUCAUCAUUUUUUUGUAAUAAGUUGUGCUUUAUAAUAGAAUAAAACUCAGAAAAUUGGUAUAAAGUUUAACGAUUAGACAAAGAAAAAAAAACAAAUCUUAGAAAACUAAAAAGAGAAUAUCUCAACUUCAAGUCCCUUUGUAUAGUCAUAUUGAUUCCAGUUAAAUCUUUCAAAUUAUUUCAAAGUAAAAAGGAAAUUUAUUUACAAUAUUUUGUUCUCACACAAUACAACCGUGAAAAGACAAAACACAUGCAAGAAGAACCAUAUUCCACCUAUGUGAUUAUGUAGUUUGCGAUACUUGUAUAAGAGAUAUAAACCGUGUUAUGACAACAUCUAAGAUAAUAAUUACGACACCAAUAAAAAUAAGAAUUCAGACAACACUUAGUCAUUGCUAUUGCUCCGGCGCAUAAGUCGCUUCUCUGCAUGUUCUCUCUCUCUCUCUCUCUCUCUCUCUCUCUCUCUCUCUCUCUCUCUCUCUCUCUCUCUCUCUCUCUCUCUCUCUCUCUCUCUCUCUCUCUCUCUCCUUCACAAUUGUAUAUAUACACACAAACCCACAUAGUUUCAUGUCUCCUUCUUUUUAUAUAUCAUUGAAGCCAUAUCAAUGGGGAACUGCCUGAGACACCAUAAUGGCUUUGCUGGAAAAGAGAAGGACAAUCUCGAACCCGAGCUCCCGGUUGAGUUAUUGGAAGAAGGUAAAGGGAGUAGCGGUGAGGAAGGAGGAAGUGAAAGAUCAACACAAAAAGAGUCUAAGGUGGUGAGGAUCAAAGUAGUGGUGACAAAAGGAGAACUUAGACAAAUCUUGAGCCACAAAAAAGGUACCAAUUCCAUUCAACACUUAGCUCACGUUCUUAAAGAUAGUGGCAGAAACAUCUCCAGGGCUUAUGAAGAAGAAGAAGAACAAGGUGAUGAAAAUUGGAGGCCUACGUUAGAAAGUAUUCCUGAGAAUCAUUAUUGAAAUUAAUCUUAUCAAUAUAUUCAACUAAGAGUCCAGUUUUUCUUACCUUUUCCUAGACGGCUGUUUAUUAUGUUGUCUAUGAUUGCUCCUUUUUAACCAAAGUUGUCUCAGGAACAUUGGUUUUCUUUUCCUUUCCUUGUUUUUUCCCCAGGAUAUUUGGUGCUUUCUGUUUUUGUUAGAGCACUAAUUAACUAUUACAUGUCAUCAUGUGUUGUCUUAUUUAGUUAAUGAAAUGUGACAUUUUAUAUA